AUGAUCAUGACCUCGACACCGCCAACCAAACAAAUUCCUUCAAUAAAGGAGAUUUUUCCAGAUAGUCAACCGAAAAGUCAGAAUACCUCGAACCAGGGAGGCUCGUUUUCAGAUGCUAAUCCGCAAGAACAGAGGGAAGCUUUGACAAAUCAACUCAAUAUUGAUGCACAAGCGAGGCAGCCACGUGCAGAGUCGUUUCUGACAGCUUCCUUGGGGUCACUGGAUGCAAGUAAAUCAAAUCUCAAUACUGGUCCAUCCCGUGAUCCUCCUCGCAAGAGGUCCAAGAUAUCCCGUGCAUGUGAUGCCUGUCGACGGAAAAAGAUAAAGUGUAAUGCCGAAUAUUCAACAACUUUGAGUAAAGUGACGCAAAUUUGUAACAAUUGUCAAAAGAAUGGUGAUGAAUGUACGUUUUCGAGAACUCCAUUGAAAAGGGGCCCUUCCAAGGGGUACCUGAAGGAAUUUGAGGAUAGGGAGGAGGAAGGUAAUAGCGGGUACACUCCACCACAACCAACUGCCAACCUGAAUGGCAAUGUUGCACAACCUCAGCCUGUUAAUGUCUACAACACCAAUCCACUGGGAGACCGCCGGCAAUCUCAACCACAACAAGUCCCUCAGCAACAACAAUUUCCUCAAAACAGUUUACCUUUUCCUCAAAUACGACCAAAUUCGCAACAAAUGUCCACCAUCAAACUUCCUCCAAUCAUUGGCUACAAUCAAAAGGCUACAUCACCAGCUAUACAUAAAGUAAUAACAGCUAAUUUUAACGAAUCAAAUCCAUCAAGCCCUCCGGUGCAACAAAAUACCGCUUCCACUGUAUCUCAACCUCCAAACAACAACAGCAACAACAAUAGCCCCCCAAUACAAGGACCUUUUUGGAAAGUACCCUACGAAAUGCCUCGAGCUUCUGGACCUCAUCGCUCUUCCAUCAGCAGUGUAACUAGCGGUGGUGGGACCAGCAGAAGACGCUCUUCAAUAGAUUCGAUAUCAUCGACUUCAACCACAAACACAAAGUUACCUAUUCUUAGACAUUCCAACAAUAGUGAGUUUCUCAGUGAUAGUGAAUCUGAAGAUUUCUAUUCUGUUAGAUCCUCAUCAUCGCAUCGUCCUCCAAUAAUGCGCAACAAUUCUCAAUCAAUUUCCCCUAGGAAUUCUGUCACUUCAUUGUCGAGUCUUAGUGGAAGGGUUAACAAAUCAAUGGUUUUACAAGGUGCACCUAUUUCACCAAUGACCGUGUCAAAAGCCGGAACUCCGUACAAUGGAUUCAUAGGGCAGGAGUUAUCCAGGCCGCAGCUGCAAUUGCAAAUACCCCCUGGAGGUUUCAAUCAAUUACAAAGUUCACCCAUGGAUAUGCUUAAAGCGGAUUUGGAUGUAUACGAUAAGGUUUUUGCCCCUGCUUACCCAGUGAUACCUGUUGAGACCGAAAAGUUGGUGCAGAUGAUCCAAACAGUGGGAAUGGAGGCGCCAACCGAGAAUCUUGUUGAAUGUUUUCACAUAUCUGUCAAUGACCUUGUGAAUUUCAAGACUGUUGCUGAAUAUACCACCAUUUCAAUGUUUUUCAAAUUACAACAGUUGUAUCAACAGUCAAGGGUGAACAGAGUAUCAACAUUUUUGUAUGCGCUAACCUUGGUCAUACUUAAUUACAGUUUAUUAUUAAAGGGCACCCAUUACUCAUUAGGUGUUGCCACUGCGGCAGCAUUUUUGAAUGAUUUGAACGCAGUGGAUCGCGUGUUUGAUGAGAAGCUGAAUGACAAACUAUUUGACCUUUGGUUUGCCAAAUUGUAUCUCACAUUGGAUAUAAUUGAUAACAUAGCUAGUUUGAAAGAGGGGGUUCAAAAAACUGUUGCAAGCGGAAAUUCGCCUCGAUUUGUUGACAAGAAUAGAUCGGUGUUGAAUGAUUUUGUCUACCAAACUCAUAUCGUUUCUGCCUACUUGUUCAAGGUGAGAAACAACUUACUCACAUCAAAUGUGGAGGAUGUCAACAAACCCGAUAUCAAAGAUGAAUUUCUCACCCAUCUUGCUAAUUUGCUCCACCACAAGUAUAAAUUAUUCGAGCUAGUCAAUGAAAGCCUGUCAGAGAAGCUACCACAGAUAUUGGAGACAUUGACUGCGACAAUACUAAACUUUGCCAACUACCUAAGCACCACUACAAUGUCCAACAAACAAGUAUUGAAUCCAUGCUUGAACUUAUCAAUAGAUCAACUUUUCUACACCAUCAAGCUUGUGAAAACAAUUGUUGACAACACCUCCGAUGAAGCAACCAAAAUCAAUGGCAAUUUGUCUAUAUCAUACAAUUUGUUGAACCUCAACUUGGCCAACUUGCAACUAAAUGAGCAAACGAUACGACAGAUUAAACAAAAGAUUGUCGAGAAUCCACUUGAUUUCUCCACAAAGUCAGGGCCCAAUCCUGGCUGGUUAAGCACCGUCAUUCCAAUGAUCAAAUCUGAUUUAAUGAGGUAA